AUGAGCCUGUCCGGGGGCGACCAGCAGGAGCGCACGGAAGACCAAGACGGCGAGGACGACGACGGCGAGGAAAAGAUUUACAACCCGCUGAAGCUGCCCCUCUCGUGGGAUGGCAAGCCGAUUCCCUACUGGCUAUACAGGCUGCACGGCCUCGGCGUCGAGUUCCCAUGUGAGAUCUGUGGCAAUUUCGUCUACAUGGGCAGGAGGGCGUUCGACAAGCACUUUAACGAAGCGCGGCACGUUCACGGCCUGCGUUGCCUCGGCAUCACGAAUACGAGUCUGUUCCGCGACAUUACAAGCAUCGAGCAAGCGACGAAUCUGUGGGAGAAAAUCCAGCGCGAAGCCAAGAAAAACAAGGUGGAUGACGGCAGCAUCGUGCAGAUGGAGGACGGCGAGGGCAAUGUCAUGCCGGAGAAGGGACACUUCCGCCCCGCCAACGAUGACCAACCUCGCCCCCCAUCACUACACCCAACCAUACCACCUUCCAACGCUCAACCUUCGCGCUGGUCAAUUGACGACACCACACGGGCGCAGCAGGAUGAGCUGAACUCGCUUGCCGCGAUGGCAGUCCUUUCCAGGCCGAUUCCCGCGCUUUACACCGUCUACAUCCUGCGCUCCACCGUCCGCCACGCCUCCCUCUACAUCGGCUCGACCCCCAACCCGCCGCGCCGCCUCAAGCAGCACAAUGGUCUCGCGCGUGGCGGCGCUGCCCGCACGUCGCGCAGCAGCCUGCGACCGUGGGAAAUGAUUGCCAUCGUCUCCGGCUUCCCCAGCAUGAUUGCCGCCCUGAAAUUCGAGUGGGCGCUGACGAACCCGCACCUCUCAUUACACAUACCGAGCGAGUCGCGCAUCUCGCGCGCGGCGGGCGUCAAGAAGAACGGACACCCCAAGCGCCCGCGGCCCGGCAUCACGUCCAUCAUGUCGAACCUGCACCUACUGCUGCGCGUGCCGAGCUUCGAGCGGUGGCCGUUGACGCUGCACUUUUUCGUCAAGACGGCGCACAAGGCAUGGGAGGGCAGCUGUGCCGCUGCUGAGAAGCCGGUCAGGAAAGGUCUCGAGAUCCUGACGGACUUUGGGCCCAGCGCAACCAUGACGACGGACCCACUGGAGCACGGCAAGGGAUUACACGUGAUUUGCUCGAACGGCAGCUGCGAGGGCGCGGGACACUUGUCCUGCUGGAGCCGCCAUCUUCUGGACCACGAGAGCGGUGAUGAAGCUGUUUUGCCUGUGGCGGGGCGGUGCCCAUCCUGCAGGAGUGAGGUCCGGUGGGAUGACUUGAUGAGGGAGCUGUCGCUACGGGUCAGAGGCGAGGGCGAGGUGGACAAGCUUCUGAAGGUGAAGAAGAAGCGUCAAGCGAAGACAUGA